AUGUCCCCUAACACACGAACAGAGCGGAAAUUCAUCCAUUCACAGGGGCGUCAUCAACUUCACGGGAAUCCCGGACUGUUUUCUCAGCGUCAAGCUUGUAUAUUACGGUUCGUCCCCCGAGAGCGUGCAACACUCCCGCAGACGCGCGACCGUGCGAUCAUCAAUGCGACCGUGCGAUCAUCAAUGCGAUCGUCUUCCUUCCACCUCUUGAAACCUUCAUCAAGAAAGUGUGUGGAUACGAAUGCUGGGACUACUAUCGCGUCCGCUCCGCCCUGUCUCACCUUCUCGCAGAGCCUUCCGCCACGCGAAUCGCACAGAGCCUUCCGCCACGCGAAUCGCAGCAGGAAACGUCCUGGCAGGCGCAGCAGCAGGAGCCACGAGCCUCUUAGUCACGUGAUGAGAGAACUGGCCAGCAGCAACACCCUCGCUCCUCCUCCUCUUCAGCUCAAGGCUUGUCUGGGCCUGGUGAAGGUGCUAUCUGUGCGCCUGGCGAAGGUGCUACCUGUGCGCCUGGUGAAGGUGCUAUCUGUGCGCCUGGUGAAGGUGCUAUCUGUGCGCCUGGUGAAGGUGCUAUCUGUGCGCCUGGUGAAGGUGCUAUCUGUGCGCCUGGUGAAGGUGCUAUCUGUGCGCCUGGUGAAGGUGCUAUCUGUGCGCCUGGAAGCUGCUGACCAGGAGGCUCAUCUGCCGGCCAUCAUGACUGAUCGGCUCUCCACCAACGGGAUCGUCGCGACCCGGAGCAUCUGCGCAAGGGUGCUUGCUGACCCAGCGCCUGCUCACACACUCACAUCCGCAAGUGACUGGAGCCACUCGAACCUGAUUUCUGACACGUCAGCGGGCGGCGGUUCCAGCGAUGACGAGGAUUACAGCGAUGCUGACGAGGACGAGCGCAGCGUCUUCGGCAGCAAAUCACGUGCCGCCAAGUCAGCGUCUCGCCGGGACGGGUCGAAUAAGUCUGCAUGGUCGAACGCGCUCUCGUCCAGGGCAAGCAAGAAGGCGCAGCAUGGCAGGCCACAGCUGCACGAGCGGAUCACGGAGACAGGUGGCGACACGCCAUUGGACCUGCUCGAUCUCGCAGGCACGCGCCGGGCCCUCUCUGGCCCCCUUCUCAAGCCCACCCGCGGAACCCUUUCUUCUGCUGAUCCUCUUGAUGGUGUUGGGGGUCGUACUGGUGCUGCUGGUGCUGGUGCUGGUGCUGGUGGUUUGAAGCGAUUCAGUGAUGGUGGUGCAGAGGGAGAGGGGGGGGGUUCGGGCUUUGAGUAUAUGGAGGAUGGAAAGAUACUUGUUCACCGUCCGAUGGCGAGGGCUAGCUGGCAUCAACGGCACGCCGUGCACUUCUUCUGUGUCGCGGCGCUGCUUCUCUCCCUCCUCUCACACACAACCACCCUGGUGGCGGCCCAAAUGGACUGUGGCGACCUGACGGAGUGCCCAGGUCUCGGGCAGUGCGUGGAUCCGAACAAGCUGUGCGACAAGGUAGCCAACUGCAAGGACAAGAGCGACGAGGCCGCGUGGUACUGCAACCCGCUCGACUGCUCCGACCCCGAUACCACCGUCGAGUGCGUGGGCACCGACUAUUGCGUGAAGCCAACGCAAGUCUGCGACGGGAUAAUGCAGUGCCCGGGUGCCAUCGACGAGUCCCCCGGCUUCUGCCUCGACUACCGCAGCUCCAACUGCAACGAGGACCAGGUCAAAUGCACCGCCACCUCCGCGUGCGUCAAGGGCUACAUGUGCGACGGCGUCGCGAAUUGCCCCAAGAUCAAGAACGCGACGGGAGCGCUGAUCGCGCCGGACGAGGACGUCAAGUACUGUGCUGCCUACUCGUGUUUGGACGGGUUCCAGAAGUGUGACGACGGGCUGCAGUGCGUGCUGGUCGACGCCUUCUGCGACGGCAAGAAGGACUGCCUCGAUGGGAGCGACGAGUACCAGGCCGCUCUAAUCGCCCAGGACAAGGCCAAAGCCGCUGCUGACGCUGCAGACGCCAAGGCAGCUCAGCUUCAGGCAGACGCGAACGCUGCUGGUCUCAACGCGGACAAGCUUCAGAGAGAGGCGAACAAUGCUGUAGGCGCCGGGGCAAAGGCAAAGAAAGAUGCAGCGAAGCAGGCUAAGGCGGACGUUGCUGCGAAACAGGCCGCUGCUGCUGCUGCUCAGGCGGAUGCUGACCAGAAGGAUCAGGCGUAUCAGAGCGCGAAAACCACUGCGGAUAAGCUUCGAGAGCAGCUGAAGAAGGCGAUUAGCAAGGCGCAGAACUCGGGUAGUGUGAAGGCGUCGGGUGCUGCGGCAGAGAGGCUUACCUCAGCGGCGGAACGGGCUGCGCUGCAGAAGCAGAAGAAGCAGGAUGCAAUGAGUUUCGCGCAGAACCAGCGGGCGGCGAACAAGGUGAAGCUGUCUGCGAAAGCGGCUGCGGCGCUGAAUCGUGCGCGGGCUGCGAAGAGCUAUUGGGACAAGUCUGUGUUUACACUGGAAGGGCUGUAUAAUGAUACGCUGGAUGCUGAAGCGCUGCUGAAUAAGAUGAAUGAGCGGUAUGAUAAUCUGACGAAUGAUAUUUCGCGGCUGAACCAGGAGAUUCGGAAGUAUCUGGCUACUGGGGAGAUGGAGAAGGUGCAGCUUCGGCAGAAGAAUGUUGCCCGAACCAAAAAGUGGCUCGACCAAACCAAGUCGGAUCGGGACCAGGCGUACCAGGCGUAUCUGAAUUCGAUGUCUCUGCUGGAAGGCGGGGAGGGCGAUGUGUCGCUACGGAGAAAGACUUACAUGCGGAUCGUGAAGGAGUCCAACAUUCUCAAUGGGAUUGACUUGACAGAUCAGUUGAUUAACGAUGGGUCUGAUGGCAGCACCGACAGUUCAGCUUGUCGCAGGGGCGUUACUUCUCGCAACACUCUUCGCAACAACAAGCUCGCAGAAAACCGUGGUUCCACCGGUCGCCAGCGACCCUUGCCCCGGUUCCAACAAGGUGAGCGAAAACCCGGCAUCACCAUCACCAUCACCAUCACCAUCACCAUCACCAUCACCAUCACCAUCACCAUCACCAUCACCACCAUCACCAUCACCAUCACCAUCACCAUCACCAUCACCAUCACCAUCACCAUCACCAUCACCAUCACCAUCACCAUCACCAUCACCAUCACCAUCACCGUCACCGCCACCGCCACCGUCACCAUCACCAUCACCAUCAUCAUCACCAUCGCCAUCGCCUUCGCCAUCGCCAUCGCCAUCACCAUCGCCAUCACCAUCGUCAUCACCAUCACCAUCGCCGUCACUGUCAAUCCCGCUACGCGCUGCCCCAGCGACCACGGAUGCUUCUCCAAGGGCGACUACUGCGACGGGGUGAAGAACUGCGCGGACGGCAGCGACGAGUGGCCCUGGCUCUGCAAUUUCGACAUGGACUGCGGCGCCCUCAACGCCACUCACGUGCUCUGUCCAGAUUCCCCCAGCGUUUGCCUCCUGCCCGGACAAUUCUGCGACGGAAAAACCAACUGCCCGGACUCACUGGACGAAGACCCCAAGUUCUGCGCGAAUUUCACCUGCCCGAGGAACAACAUCCGCUGCCCGGGGCUCAACAUGUGCAAGCCAAACGGAACCCUCUGCAACGCGGUGCCCGACUGCCCUGCGAAGACAGCUGGCGGCAAACCAGUGGACGAAGACCCGGCGUUCUGCAAGCCAUACGUUUGCCCCAAGGGGUUCUCCAAGUGCAGCGACAACGUGCAGUGUGUGGAUGAUGUUCUGAGGUGUAACGGCGUUGCUGACUGCAAAGAUGGCAGUGACGAGGUCGGAUGUGACAAGUGGAAUUGCACCAAGGGCUACCGGAAACUCACACCUCCUUUUCUGCUUGUCUGCCUGGCUGGUGUUUCCGUGUGUCACCACACCGCCAACGCAGAUGGGAGCGAUGAGGACAGAUGUGACAUUCCACCGCCGCCCCCCAAGCCUACACCCCCCGCCCCUCCCAAGGGCCCACCCACGCCACCCCCCAAGGGCCCACCCACGCCACCCCCCAAGACCCCACCCAAGGCUCCCCCCAAGGCUCCUCCCAGGCCUCCACCCAAAAAGACUCCUCCCAAGGCCCCGCCCAAGAAGACUCCUAAAACCCCACCCAGACGCAAGAAAUAG